AUGUCCGCUGUCGUCUCCGUCAACUCCACCUUCAACACCUCGGUCAACGCUCCAGUUCAAGCCCCAGCCUACUCGUUCCUCGCCCACCCGCCGCCGCAGAAGAAACGCCCCACGCAGCCUCUCCCGUCUCCUCCAGUCCCUAGGCUUCCUUCCUGCGCGCCCUCAUACCCUCGGCGCCGUUCUGCUACGACCUCAGCUGUAGCGGCGUGGGUUGCCGCAGUCCAACCCGGCUCUCCUGCCCCUCGCUCGCCGCGCCGUCGUUCUUCCAUCUCUAGCGCCCGCCGUUCCUCUGGCGGUUCGCCUUGUAUCGUCUCCCGGCGCCCUUCUGUCAACGCAGGCACCCCGCACUCCGCGUCGUUCCUCAGCUUUUCAGACUCUCCGACAGCUGCGUCGCGCAUCGUCAUCACCCCAUCCAUUAAAGACUUCAAGCCGGACCUUACCGCAGUCGGCUACACGUCGGUCUUCGUGCACUUCCCAGAGACACCGCACUCGGCUACUGUCUUCACGAGCAAGACCCGCCCGCCGCUGAGCCCGCAGCGCAUCGCCCCUCGCUCCCCUUCCAGCCCCGUGCGGCCUGUAAAGGGACUCAAGUCCUUCCGUAGCCUGUCUGCUCUUAGACCCACGCGCCGCAUCCGCUCCAAGUCGAUCACCAUGCGUGGCCCCCCUUCCCCUCCCCUAAACAUGUCUAUCCCUGCGAAGAAGUCGUCCGCGCACGCCAAAGCGUCGCGGGCGCAGGAGAGCGCCGCAGUGAGCGCGUCGAAGAAGUCCAAGUACGCGAAGUUCCGCCCGCCCCCUCUCGCGACGGAGCUCGCGCUCGCGCAGCUCGCCGAUGGCGGCUCCAUCGAGGAUCACAUCCGGAGAUUCGCCGAGGCGCAGGCCAGGGCCGGCGGCGCGACCGAGAUGACGCGCGACGGCCGCCUCGUCGGUGUGUCGGACGUGUACCGCGACGGCGCGGGCGGCGUCUGGCGCGACCAGGACGAGGAGUGGGAGUACGCGCACCUGCUCGGCGGCGACGACGAGUGGUGCGAGAGCGAGGACGGCAGCUGGGUGCGCUUCGGCUCGCCUACGAAGGCCGCGCGCAAGGCGUCCGUGGUCGUCGCUGGCGGUGAUGUGCGCCGCGGCAGCGUGUCCAGCCAGGACUCCGACCUCGACCCGCGCUACGCGAUGCGCGCGGAGGACGAGGGCGCGGACGACCUCGCGCGCUUCGGCAGCGCGCUCGCGCCCGCGUGCGCGCGCCGGCCCGGCAUGUCCGUGCUUGCCAUCCCUGCGCGCACCCGCCGCACCGCCAAGCACCUGCGCAAGCCCGAGUUCCUGCUCGAUGCAUUCCCAGUGCCCUCCUCUCCCACCUCGACUUCCCACCACCACGCGCCGCAGGCCGUGCAGCUCAGCGAGCGGCAGCUGGCGGCGAAGCAGCAGCGUCGCCGACCCGCACCUCUCACGCUCACGCCGCCGAGCCCUGCGUUCAAGUGCCCGAUGAACCCACUGGACGCCGACCGUGUCCGGGACGACUUCCUCGCGUCCUCGUUCGCCCCUGCACACGCGCCGAGACGCACGCACUCUGCUCAGCCUCAACCUCAGCCGCAGCAGCCGAUUGCUUCGCCGGCGCCGCCGCGUGGUGGAGAGCAGGCCGCGACGAUCGUAGCGAAGAAGCCGGCCGUGAAGAACGUCCGGGGCUUCUUGCGCGCGAUGGGCAUGAAGAAGGGCGACCUAUAGGUCGCUCCCCGUCCCUGGGGUCCCUCGAGUCCGAAGAGCCUUAGUCACUAGAGCCUCCGUGGUAUGAACUUCGAGGGGCUCGCUCAUUUACCGCACCGUUGGAACAUUUCUGUUGUUUCUGUCUGUAAGGGUUCGCCGGCCGCGAUGUCAUCGGCAUCAGCGAUGAGUGUAUUAUUUUAUGUAUUGCCCUUGUAAUCUGUAGUAGUAUUGCUGUCUUGCGGUUUGAUACCUCUUGAUCCGGAAUGUAGCCAAUAGAGCCUUUUGCAGCCUGCCCAAACACG